UGAAUCGAAACCAAAGAAGGCAAAGACCGGCAAAGCAUGGUUCGGUCGGGGGAAUCCCACUUUGGAACGAUCAAUAAUACGUGCCAAGAACUCUCAUUACCAUUUGACCAAUCCUGAUUCGGAUCGUAGUUUUCUUCUUGCUCCUCUGAUUCGUCAUUGUGACUUCCCACUCCCCUCUCUUUCCCUUCAACGAAGAGGGCUGAACAAGAGAACUUCCUCUCCUCACCUGAAUCGAUUCUUGGGUCAUUCAAGAAUCUAACCCAGAAGGGACUUUCCAAAUCUCAGUUCUUGAAGGCAGUAAUCAACAGCAGAGGACAUGAAUCUUGUUUCUUUGCUGCGCCUUCUCCCCCUGAUCCUCUCCCCUUCCCUUCUCUACCCGGUGGAAUCCAGAGGCGGCGAGAAGGAUCCCCUCCUCCAUCCCUUAUCAGGUCUUGCACAUCAUACCUAUGUUCGUACGGGGAAGCGUUUGCUAGAGGAACAAUCUCAGAAGAGAGUUGAUUUAGCUAAAGGGUAUAUGUCAAACUCCGAUCUUGAAAAGGCCAUGAAGGAUUUCACUCAAAGAUGCGGCAACAUUUCUAGGAUGUACAGGAUUGGUAAAAGUGUGAAGGGAGUACCACUGUGGGUAAUAGAAAUCUCUGACAAUCCUGGGAAGGAGGAAGCUGAACCUGCAUUCAAGUAUAUUGGGAAUGUGCAUGGAGAUGAGCCUGUUGGCCGUGAGCUUCUAAUGCGUCUUGCAAAUUGGAUAUGUGAUAACUAUCCAAAGGAUCCCCUGGCUGAAUUAAUUGUAGAUAAGGUUCAUCUCCACAUCCUUCCAUCAAUGAAUCCUGAUGGAUUUUCUCUAAGAAAGCGUGGCAAUGCAAAUGACAUUGAUUUAAAUCGUGACUUUCCAGACCAGUUCUUUUCAGUGAACAAUGAGAUGGGUAGGCGGCAACCCGAAACUCGAGCCAUUAUGAAUUGGCUGAGAGAUAUACGCUUCACAGCCUCUGCUUCCUUGCACGGGGGUGCCCUAGUUGCAAAUUAUCCAUGGGAUGGCACUGAGGAUAGAAGGCGAUCUUACUUUCCAUGUCCCGAUGAUGAAACAUUCCGUUUCAUGGCAAGUAUAUACAGCCGCUCUCACCAUAACAUGUCUCUGAGUAAAGAAUUCGAAGGAGGAAUUACAAAUGGAGCAGCUUGGUACCCCAUAUAUGGCGCCAUGCAAGAUUGGAACUACAUCCAUGCUGAUUGUUUUGAAUUGACCUUGGAAGUUAGUGAUAACAAAUGGCCUCCUGCCAAUGAGCUUCCUACCAUAUGGGAACAUAAUAGGAAGAGUAUGCUCAAUCUUAUUUCAAGUGUCGCUAAGACAGGAAUUCAUGGGAAGAUAUUUUCUUCAGAAACCGGAAGACCAUUGCCUGGAUCUGUCAUGAUUAAGGGAAUCAAUCACACGGUCAAAGCUGGCAGAGCAUUCGCCGAUUACCAUCGGUUACUGGCCCCUGCAGAGAAGUAUGAAGUCAUGGCCACGAUGACCGGCUACAAGUCGAAGACCACGAUCAUCAGGUUAGAAGCAGGUCCGAUGGCCCUGGACUUCAUUCUUGACCCUGAAGUAUCCAAUGGAGAACAUCGACUCGAGAGUGUGUGCGACUGCAGCUGCACGACCGGCGGGAGUGGGCUCGAAGUGAUGGGUUUUCUUUGGAAUUCCCACUUGGAAGUCUAUUUUGUACUGGUUAUCGUCUUAGCGUUUGUCUGCAUUUUGUUGUUAAGGAAAAGAGCCAGGUUGAGUUUUCUAAGGCAUAGUAGACAACAGGGAGGAGGGCCCAAAAGGGCUGUCGUGGCAUAGAUUUGGAAAUUCUGUAUAUUGUACUAUAUGAUGUUCUCGUCUCUGCUGUUAUAGAAUUACAUCAUUUUCUAUUUUUUUUGUCUGAGUCAGACUUGCGAAAAAUCGCAUUGAAAACAAUGCAGAGAGAAUUUCGGAAAGAUCCCAAUGGUAUAAUUUUAGCUC